CAUCCUUCAUUCAAAACCAAACCAUGGGAGAAUCUAAACAGCCACACCUCAACGGAGCAUACUACGGUCCUUCGAUUCCACCGCCGUCCAAGACCUACCACAGGCACGGUCGCGGCUCUUGUUGCGGCUGUCUCUUCAGUCUCAUUUUCAAAAUCCUCUGCACAAUUCUGGUCACCAUAGGUCUUAUUGUCUUGGUUCUCUGGCUCGUCUUCCGCCCUAAUCAGGUCAAAUUCUACGCCACCGAUGCGACUCUCACUCAGUUCGAUCUCUCCACCACAAACAACACUCUCUAUUACAACCUCGCUCUAAACCUCACCAUUCGAAACCCUAACAAGCGCGUCGGAGUCUACUACGACCAAAUUGAGGCCAGCGCCUAUUAUGAAGACGAGCGGUUACAAACUAAGGAUCUGCAGAGAUUCUAUCAGGGACACAAGAACACGGCCAAUGUGAGCACCGAGUUUCAGGGGCAGAGUGUGGUGGUUUUGCAGGGAUCCGAUAGAACGAGUUACGAUUCGGAGAAGUUAUCGGGGAUUUAUAGCAUUGAUUUGAAGCUUAAACUCCGAAUCCGAUUGAAGGCAUGGUGGUUCAAGACGCCGAGAUUUACCAGCAAGGUCGAGUGCGAUCUGAAGAUACCUUUGAAUUCCAACAUGAAUGGCGGUUCGUUUCAGAGCAAGAGGUGUGAUAUUGACUGGUAGUUAGUCACCGGUUUAUUUUUGGCUGUUUGUUCCAUUCCUUCCUUCCUUCUUUGUCAUUUAAGUUCUCUAGAGCAUUUCUUUCUCCUUAUUGUAAUGUACUACUUACUACAUCAUAUUGAUUUGAUUUUUGGGGGUUGUGAAUAAAUAAAAGGCAUUUGAUUUCAUAUUAUGAUUUAUUUAGCUAUC